AUGGAUAAGAAGUCGAAGUCAUCAGCCUCUGUGAAACUAACUAAAGAGGAACUAGACGGCCUUAAAAAGGCUAACCAAAUUCAGGAUAUCAUUAAAAAUAUGUCAUCAUCUGACAAGGAUGUUGCCGAGAAGGCAAUUAGAGACGCAGAAAACAUGCUGAAAGAGAUAGAAAAUGAUAAAAAGAAGCCAGAUCCACCAGCUGCACAAGCUCCACCAGCUCCCGCUAAUGGACAGCCAGAGUUCAUGGACGUGGAAGCUUUCAAGGUCGCCAUUGCAGCAGACGCGGAGGAGCGUUCAAAACGCAGAGCGAAGCGGAUGGCAAAGGCAGAGAAACUGAAAUCACAAGCGAAUGACUACUUCAAAGCCGGCGACUGGGAAAAUGCCGUUAAUAUUUAUACACAGGCGAUCGAUGUCUGCAAAGACUGGUCGGUUUUGUAUACAAAUCGUGCACAGGUAAGCCUUGUCGUAUUUAUGUUUCCCUUCGUGAAUCUUACCCUUUCUUAUUCCUUUUACGCCUACUUGCGAUGCGGGAAACCAGAGAAAGCACUGGCCGAUUGUGACUUGGCUCUGCGUUUGCUGCCACCUGAGCCUAUGCGGACUCCAACGAACAUUGGUGAAGAGGCUGACAAGGCACGUAGCGCAAACCUCAUGGCAGCCAAAGCCUGCCUCCAUCGGGGUAAAGCGUUAAUGGUUCUGCGGCGGCCCCGAGACGCUCUGCAGGCUUACUCUGAUUCUCGCGCCUUCAAAGCCUGCUCGGAGAACCCGGCUGUGACCGCCAAGCCCAGCCCUAAUCCGGAUCAGUGGCCAAAUUUCCUCCGAGAGUAUGUUGCUCAGGCACAGGCGGCCAUUGCCGCCGAAAACGUCGACUCACAGACCGAGGAACUGAUGCAAACACGCAUAGGUUCUCUGGAGGCGGACACCUCGUUAAGCUAUUUAUUGAAACCAAGCGAGGACAACUUCCUUCGUCUAAUCGCCGAGGCUGCCUGUGGUGGACGCGAACUCCCCCAGUACACCUCCAUCCUCUGUCAGAUGGCAAAAGUGUUGAGUGCUGUCACCACAGAAGCCCAGAAGUCCUCUGCAAAUGACCAGCCUCCUACUUCCGAUACGACACCUUCAGCUGGUGAUCAGACGACAGAGGUUGAUUCAAAGCCCGAUGAUUCGGCGAGCGCAGGUGCGGGCACGGGCGACUCGGAGGUCCGCAAUGGCAACAGCCGCCGUCGGAGGCGAAAAGGUGGUCGUCAUUCUCAACGCUCCUCACCUGACACCGCCGCUGUUUCUGCUAAUGGUGAACUUCCCGAGGUGGAUAAAGACGAAGGAGUCACAUUAGAGCAAUUGCAGUCAUACUUCCGUGUCAAGAACGGAUUUAAAGUGCUCGCAAAGCAAAUGAAU